ACGAGAACGAUUUUGUCAAUAUGGCUGUGUUUAUGUAGUUUCGUUUUUAAAAGAGUUGUCCUUGCAUGUUUAGUUGACUAUCAUUGUCGAAGUUAGCGUUCUGAAGAUAGAUUAGUUAAAUAUUGAUUUAGACAAUGUAUAGAUUCUAGAUCUACAGCGUGAUAAUUGAAUUCUAAAUACACAUGAACUGUAUACUAUAAAAUGGCUCUAAUAUUACAAAAACAUAAAUUUGUAGGCGCAACCUUAGUUUUGUCUCAAUUUAGACAGUUUUCUCGUAUUGUAAACAGCGUCCGAAUGAAGCGAGUGACUUUACAGUUGCAACGACAAGGUUUAUUGCACAUAGAUUUAGAUCUAAUUAAAUCUAACCAAAUCUCUACUCUAUCACAUAAAGAGUCAGCUAUUCUUUGUGAAACAGAUCAGGGAAACACAGCUAAAUGCUCAGUCUCGCAACAAACAUCUAAUAAAUGUAGUUACAAAUUAUUACAGUUAAAACCAUGUAAAACAAAUUCAAAAAGAAAUUUUUCAAGUAACAAUGGAUCAGCUAGUGAUGGUACAUCUGAUGGAAGCAAUACAGAAAAUGUUGUCCAACAAAAAUUGCCUAGAAGAGUACUAAAAAGAUUGCACAAACAAGGCGUUUCAGAAGAACAAUUUAUAUCAAAGUUGAACUCUACCUUCGAGAACAUGAAAGAACAACGUAAAUCCAUUGACAAAAAAGAUAAACUUGAAGAUCUUUUAAAGAGCAUGUCCACAGAGCCAAGAUACCUUUCAGAAACUGAUAAUUUUCCCUCUGAUUUAGAAAGGCAUAGACAGUGGGAAAAACAAAAGAAGCUUGCAUCCAUUGCACCGAAAAAAUCACCUUCUCAAACAUCUGUUAUUCUUUUUCCUGGUCAAGGGAGUCAAGUUGUAGGUAUGGGCAAAAAACUAUUACCAUUUCCAAGGGUUCAUGAUCUCUAUGAAGAAGCCAGUUCUCUUUUGGGAUUUGAUUUAUUGAAAAUAUGCCUCAAUGGUCCAAAAUCAGAACUUGAUAAAACAAAAUAUUGCCAACCAGCAGUUGUGAUUACAUCUUUGGCAGCAAUUGAGAAAUUUAAAGAGGAACACCCACAAGCUUUAGAAUCUUGUGUUGCUACUGCUGGAUUUAGUGUUGGAGAGUUUGCUGCCCUUGUGUUCUGUGGUGUCCUGUCUUUUCCAGAUGCUGUGAAACUUGUCAAAGUGAGAGCAGAAGCCAUGCAAAAGGCUUCAGAGAUGGUUGCAAGUGGCAUGCUGUCUGUCUUCUUGGCGCACGACUCUAAUCUUUCCUUGGCGAUAAAAACUGCCAAAGACUACUGCCAAGAGAGACGAGGCAUUGAGAAUCCAGUUUGUGUUGUAGCAAAUUAUCUGUUUCCUGAGUGCAAGGUCAUAGCUGGACAUGAGGAGGCUAUUGAGUUUCUUUCCACUAAUGCUAAAGAGUUUGGAAUCUUAAGAACCAAAAGGUUGGCAGUUAGUGGGGCAUUCCACACCAACCUGAUGGAAUCAGCAGUGCAGCCACUACAGAGAGCAUUAGCUGGCAUGAAGAUAGGUAGUCCAAAGUUUACUGUGUACAGCAACGUGACCAAUGCUCCGUACCAUCCCAAAACAAACUUUGCUCACAUGCUUGGGCAGCAGCUGGUCAAGCCUGUCAAGUGGGAACAAAUCAUGCACAACAUAUACUCUCGGGAUAAAGGAGUUGAGUUUCCAAACACCUAUGAGAUCGGACCAGGCAGGCAAAUGGGCACCUUCUUAAAGCAAGUGAAUCUACUGGCCCACAAACAGUAUCACAAUGUAGAAGUUUAACAACAUGUGUAGGCUUUCAGUUCAUGUGUGUGUGUGUAAGAGUAGGAAAGUUGCAUAUGCUCAAAGGCUUAGAUGUGUGUGUGUGUGUAUGAAUUAAAUAUUGUGUAGAAUUGUUUCUUUAUGUUAUUUUGUAAGGGAAAUGUUUUAUUGAACGGUUGAGUAAAAUCAUUAUUGUCUAACUUUA